AUAUAUUGGCCCUGGGAGCAGUGGUCAAUUCCGAAACAAUCAAACGUGAGAUAGCCACUGACGUGCAGCGUGUACUAAUUUCGCACUUCCAAACCAAAUUGACCGAAUUGUCUAUCAGUUCAGAACAGUUUCUGGACUGCUUUGAGAAUACGCCAGGAAUGCCAGACAUCACCAAAAAGCCUUCUGGUCGGAUAGAUCGGAUCAAAUUCAUGAUAUAUUGGAAGCAGAAAAUCGGCGAAUCAUUCGACGUUCUCUCUCACAGUGUGGUGGAGAAGGCAUCAGCGUUUAUCACGAGCAAAGUUCUGAAGCCCAUUCUCUCGACUUGCCAGCCCGCGCUUGCAAUACAACGGUUUUCUGGGGUGCCGAUUUUUCUGCCAACCCUCCUGUCAGAUCUCUUCAAGCGAGAGUGA